CACACACAAACAGAUGCCGGGAGCAGAGCCAGGCUGGGAGUGAUGGUGGAGCACAGGUGACGGGAGAUCCCCAGCCGAGCCCUGAAGGGGCGGGCCCUUGAAGGUCCAGGGCCCUUGGAGUGAGGACGGCCCUGGAUGCCAUUUGUGUUGCCUGGCAGCAGGCCGGGGUACCAUGGGUGCUCUCUGAUGGUGCGUCCAGGGUGCACGCCCAUCAUGUGGCCACCCUCAGGAGGAGGGGCUCCGGGGACUUGGAAGAACCGGAGAAAGGCUUCAUUCUUUCUGGGACCUCAGCCCACCCCGGGCCUGGGGAAGCAGGAGGCCUGGCCGGCCACGAGGCAGCAAGAGGCAUAGAAAAACGUAUGUCCGGACCCGAGCCACCGCACCUCCACGGAAGAGGUGGGGAGGUGGGCCGAGGGUCCAGAGAGACUAGAGGGUUGGUACAAGGGAGCUUGGGGUCCUCCUGGCCGAGAAGUGGCCGCUCUGGUGGGAGGCUGGGGUCUUUCCAGCUGCAUUGUGCCUGAGCUGACAUUUGUCCGGACGGGGAGAGGGUGACUGCGAGGGCGGCCCCGGGGGGACCGAUGAAGCCUGCUGGAAGCACCACUGCUGAGCAGGACGCCGCAGAGUGAGGCCCCGUUCCCGUUCCCUGGCGGGACUAUGUCCGUGCAGGGCCCCCAGAGGAGGCUGCUGGGCUCCGUCAACUCCACCUCCCCAGCCGCCCCGCGCCUCGGGCUGGCCGCCAACCAGACAGGGCCCCGGUGCUUGGAGGUGUCCGUUCCCGACGGACUCUUUCUCAGCCUGGGGCUGGUGAGCGUGGUGGAGAACGUGCUGGUGGUGGCCGCCAUUGCCAAGAACCGCAACCUGCACUCGCCCAUGUAUUACUUCAUCUGUUGCCUGGCCGUGUCCGACCUGCUGGUGAGUGUGAGCAGUGUGCUGGAGACGGCUGUCAUGCUGCUGCUGGAGGCAGGCACCCUGGCCGGCCGGGCCGCCGUGGUGCAGCAGCUGGACGACAUCAUUGACGUGCUGGUCUGUGGCGCCAUGGUGUCGAGCCUCUGCUUCCUGGGCGCCAUCGCCGUGGACCGCUACAUUUCCAUCUUCUACGCGCUGCGGUACCACAGCAUCGUCACGCUGCCCCGGGCGUGGUGGGCUAUCUCAGCUAUCUGGGUGGCUAGCGUCCUCUCCAGCACGCUCUUCAUCGCCUACUACGAUCACACGGCCGUCCUGCUCUGUCUCGUCAGCUUCUUUGUAGCCAUGCUGGUGCUCAUGGCCGUGCUGUACGUCCACAUGCUCGCCCGGGCGUGCCAGCACGCCCGGGGCAUCGCCCGGCUCCAUAAGCGGCAGCGCCCCGUCCACCAGGGCUUGGGCCUCAAGGGCGCGGCCACGCUCACCAUCCUGCUGGGCAUUUUCUUUCUCUGCUGGGGCCCCUUCUUCCUGCACCUCUCGCUCAUGGUCCUCUGCCCUCGACACCCCAUCUGUGGCUGCGUCUUCAAGAACUUCAACCUCUUCCUCACCCUCAUCAUCUGCAACUCCAUCGUCGACCCCCUCAUCUACGCCUUCCGCAGCCAGGAGCUCCGGAAGACGCUCCAAGAGGUGCUGCUGUGCUCAUGGUUCGGCGGAGGCCAAAGUGACAGUACCAGCCAGUUUGAAGGCAGGUCUAGUAAUGCUGAGGGCUCCUGCAGCCCCCGGCCAGCCGCCCCGAAGCGCUGCCCCAGCCAGUCCCCACCCAUGCUGGCAGCUUCAGCCCAGACUGCUGGCCUCAAGGCCAGGAGCUGGUUCCCGGCAGGGCCAGCCUUUGCUGGGAGACAGGAUGGUGAUGAGCGGGCGGCGGGGACGCCCGAGCCUCCGCAGCCAGCCCCGGCCUGUACGCGCGUGUCCCGCAGCCGCCCGCCGCCCGCACCGAGCAUGAGGGAGAUCGUGCACAUCCAGGCCGGCCAGUGCGGCAACCAGAUCGGGGCCAAGUUCUGGGAGGUGAUCAGCGACGAGCACGGUAUAGACCCCAGUGGCAACUAUGUGGGGGACUCGGACCUUCAGCUGGAGCGCAUCAGCGUCUACUACAACGAGGCCUCUUCUCAUAAGUAUGUGCCUCGGGCCAUUCUCGUGGACCUUGAGCCUGGGACCAUGGACAGUGUCCGGUCUGGGGCCUUUGGGCACCUCUUCAGGCCUGACAACUUCAUCUUCGGUCAGAGCGGGGCUGGCAACAACUGGGCCAAGGGUCACUACACGGAGGGCGCCGAGCUGGUGGACUCGGUCCUGGACGUGGUGCGGAAGGAAUGUGAGAAUUGCGACUGCCUGCAGGGCUUCCAGCUGACCCACUCGCUGGGCGGGGGCACGGGCUCGGGCAUGGGCACCCUCCUCAUCAGCAAGGUGCGCGAGGAGUACCCGGACCGCAUCAUGAACACCUUCAGCGUGGUGCCCUCGCCCAAGGUGUCGGACACGGUGGUGGAGCCCUACAACGCCACGCUGUCCAUCCACCAGCUGGUGGAGAACACGGACGAGACCUACUGCAUCGACAACGAGGCCCUGUACGACAUCUGCUUCCGCACCCUCAAACUGGCCACGCCCACCUACGGCGACCUCAACCACCUGGUGUCGGCCACCAUGAGCGGCGUCACCACGUCCCUGCGCUUCCCGGGCCAGCUGAACGCCGACCUGCGCAAGCUGGCCGUGAACAUGGUGCCCUUCCCGCGCCUGCACUUCUUCAUGCCCGGCUUCGCCCCGCUCACUGCCAGGGGCAGCCAGCAGUACCGCGCGCUCACGGUGCCCGAGCUCACGCAGCAGAUGUUCGACGCCAAGAACAUGAUGGCCGCGUGCGACCCGCGCCACGGCCGCUACCUGACGGUGGCCACCGUGUUCCGCGGCCGCAUGUCCAUGAAGGAGGUGGACGAGCAGAUGCUGGCCAUCCAGAGCAAGAACAGCAGCUACUUCGUCGAGUGGAUCCCCAACAACGUCAAGGUGGCCGUGUGCGACAUCCCGCCCCGGGGCCUCAAGAUGUCCUCCACCUUCAUCGGCAACAGCACGGCCAUCCAGGAGCUGUUCAAGCGCAUCUCGGAGCAGUUCACGGCCAUGUUCCGGCGCAAGGCCUUCCUGCACUGGUACACGGGCGAGGGCAUGGACGAGAUGGAGUUCACCGAGGCCGAGAGCAACAUGAACGACCUGGUGUCCGAGUACCAGCAGUACCAGGACGCCACGGCCGAGGAGGAGGGCGAGAUGUACGAAGACGAUGAGGAGGAGUCCGAGGCUCAGGGCCCCAAGUGAAGCGGCUGGAGGGGCGAGCCGGGCUGCGGCCAGGGCCACGAGGCCUGUCCCCUGGCGCCACGUCGCUACUGACACCACCCCCAGGCUUGCCCCCACCAGCUCUGCUCACAGCACCCUAGGGCUCCCGAGAGCUUGUCCUCCAGUAUAUACGGCAUCCCCACCCCACGUGAGUCCUGUCUUCCCGCCAUAGGGCACCUCCAUUUUUGUGUCUGCUUUAUUGUCAGCUGCAGGCCUGAUAUUUUAUGGCUUAUUUUGUUUCUUUUGUUUUUGUUUUUUUGGUUUUUUACUGGUUUGUGUUUAUAUUUUUGGGGGAGGGGACACUUAAUAAAUUUAUUGCUGUCAGAUA